UCACCCCUCGCCCCCUCACCCCUCACCCCUCACCCCUCACCCCUCCAUACCAUACUAUGCCUCUUCAGAAGUCAUUCUCAGAUACGAAUCAUUCGACAAAGCAACGACGGCCUCAAUGGCAACGAAAUAAAACAUUCCACGCGCCCCAGGACCGAUAUGAUGUGAAUCCCUCAGAACCAGCGCGAGCGAAACCUCCGAUCCCUAUAUCCUCGGCCACGAAAAGCAAACUCAAGGUCUUCCAAUGCAACUCUCAAAUCAAGAACCGCCGGUCUUCCGUAGACAUGUCUGGAACGGGGGAAAAUCCUCUUCUUUUAGAAGAGGACAAGGAGAACAUACCACUCAAAGGAUCAGAGCAUGGUAUAAGCCCUUUAUCUCGAAAAGAUUUCGCAAAACCGAGUAUUGAAACUCCCGCCACUCCCUCGAGCAAACUGGCGCUUCCCGAACUCAUCGGCAUGAUGGAUGUGGGGUCAAUGGCACAACUUCAAUUAAAAACGCCAGACGAGCGUGUAAUGUGGGACCAUGGCAUCAACGCUGCAUAUAACAAUACCACUACUUAUGUUGGACCCAGGCGGGGUAGAAAGCGGCCUCGAAGUUCGUCACCAAUGUCGUCGCCAGGAAAUGUAUCGUCACAUUUUGCAGCGAAUCCAGAAGCUGGUGAUCUUCAACAACUAGGCGCCCACGCUGCUCAUGCCGGCCCGGGUUUAGAUUUAUGGUCUGGAUAUGCCAUUGGGGCCGACAAAUGCACCCCGAGGGGCCCUCAAAAUCCUCUGUUUGCACACCUCAUGGGCAACAGCUCGUCACCGCAAAGCGCAAAUGUCAAAAAUUCUGCGUCAAGGGAAGGAACGUUCAAAAGGUCUAUCAGCUGCGGUACACAAUUUCCGAAAAGGAGGAAAGUUGGGGUGUUUGAAGAUCAUACUGCUACAGAUGUCUUCAUGGCGCCUAUGAAAAGCGCACUGUCUAAACCUUCACGGGUUAGUGAGUUGCUUGAUGGGAUAAAAGUGGCAGCAGUGAGCCCGGAUAAAUCAGCAUUUUCCUCCGGCCCCUCAAGCUCGUCGCCUAUCCCACGAAGUAAGGCCUGGAGCGAGAGGAAGGAGAUGCAUCAGGCGUCGCCUUUAGCUGCGAAAGAUCGCCAUGUGACCGCAGAUGCUGGCAUUGUGGAAGGCAAAGCACCACGACUCCAAUUGCAGCCUGAAGAAAAAGACGAUACGGUGGUGUCGCAAAAGUCGGAUUCCACCUCGUCCGAUUACGGUGACUUCGACGCUGAUCAAUUUGACGAAUCGUUCCUGGAGGUGCUUGAAUCGAAUCAGACCAGCAUUCAAACCUCACAAUCUCCUGCAACAGGAACGCACCUCGAUAGGCGACCUAUAAAUACUCAAUAUAGCCCCGCGGCGGCCAAGAAACCCAGCAUAAUGCCUCCUGCGGAUACAGAAGAAGAAGAUGAAUUCGCAGAUUCCGACGAAGAAAUGUUUGCUGCAGACUUCGAGGAAAUCCUUUCGAAAUAUGACACCCUUCCAGCUUCUGCCGACGCAGGCAAUCAACCUGCUUUGAAACAGGAGGAACUGGCUGAAGGGAAAGGCCCUGAUAAUAAGACAGUGGCGGAUAUAGCUGACUCUGAUGAUGAAUACGGUGAUGAUUUAGAUGACACGGACUUCGCUGUGGCGGAGGCAUCGGCUACACAGGCACAGGCAUUGCAGAAUUCAGCUAGUUGCUUUUCGAAUCUCAGUCAAAAGCCCAGAGUAAUUCAGCGAUAUCUUGUGACAAACAUACUCGAUGAUAACUACCAGAAUUCGAGGGGGCGUCAAUGCAUCGAAAAGGUUCUCAUAGUACAAGUCGAAAACACCAAAGAGUAUCGAACUAUUCGACUAAGAGAUGGAUGGAUCGAAACACAGGUCACAGAGAAGGCCGCUGUUCACGUCAUCGGCAAUUUUGUUUCUGGUCAAUGUGUUAUCGACGACUCGCAUAACUUGUUGAUCCUCCAUCCAGACCAUUUGAUUUCGGCCACCGUGGUCGCCGACUCGUUCGGCUGCACGAGACGCGCGGUGUUGCAAGACCGUGUCAAAGCUACGAGUGAUUCCAGUGCACCACUUGUUUAUGGGACUAUUCUCCAUGAGAUAUUCCAAGCCGCGAUGAUGGCCAACAGAUGGGAUAGCCCAUGGCUACAUGACCUCAUUGAGAAAACUGCAACGAGGCAUCUGGAGGACCUCUAUACUAUAAAGAUACAGAUCCCUCAAGCUGUGGAACACCUACAAAGUAAGAUGGGAGAGCUACAAUCUUGGGCCGAAGUUUUCGUCACUUCGAAACGACAUCCGGAAGCAAUCGUCAAGGCUGGCAACGGCGAGACAGCUACAAUGUGUGUUAGCAAGCUCUUGGACGUCGAAGAGCACGUGUGGUCGCCAAUGUACGGGCUCAAGGGCAAUAUUGACGCCACUGUCCAAGUGACAAUGCAAGAUGCGAAAACCCGCCGGACAUUAACAGUUCCCUUCGAAGUUAAGACUGGCAAGAAUGCCAAUGCAUCGCAUCGAGCACAGACUGCACUGUAUAAUCUCCUUCUAUCCGACAGGUACGAUAUCGACAUCGCAUACGGCGUCCUAUAUUAUAUGGAAACUUCGGAGACAAUACGAAUUCCGGCCAUUCGCCAUGAGCUACGCCACAUGAUCAUGCAGAGGAACGAGCUUGCCUGCUUUGUUCGUGAAAGACAUGCGCAGCUGCCGCCAAUGCUUAAAAAGGAGAACCUGUGCGGUCGAUGCUAUGCCAAAACCACUUGCUUCAUAUAUCAUAAGCUUGCCGACGACGGAGACGGAGAGACGAGCGGUAUAAAGGGCAAGUUCGACGAGGUUGUGAAACAUCUCACUCCACAACAUAAAGAAUUCUUUCUCAAAUGGGACGACCUUUUGACUAAAGAGGAGAAAGAAAGCCUGAAGUUCAGACGCGAGCUAUGGACCAUGCUCAGCUCCGAACGAGAAAAGCUAGGGAGGUGCUUUUCAAAUGUGAUUAUUGAACCGGGUUCAGCGUAUGAAGAACAGGACAACCCUAAGAUCAAUCGCUUCCGAUACACCUUAAUCAGGCAGGAUGAAGCCAUCAAUGCGUCUUUCCUUGAAUCUCAGAUCACUAUUGGCGAACCCAUAGUGAUCUCUGAUGAGAAGGGUCAUUUUGCCCUUGCUAAUGGGUAUGUGACACACGUCCGAAAGCACCGAAUCACUGUGGCAGUCGACCGGCGCCUACAUAACGCCCGUAUCCGACGCCCCGGCUUUGAUGAGGCCAACAAUCAGGUCUUCGCAAGUAUUAUGGAAGUUGCAGGAGAAGGGUCACCUCCAGAAUCGACCGAAGGCAAGAUAACAGAGGCACCAGUGCGAUAUCGACUUGACAAGGACGAGUUCAGCAAUGGUAUGGCAACAGUCCGAAAUAACAUCAUUCAACUCAUGGCGGACGCGCCUUUUAUGUCACGGCGGUUGAGAAGCUUGGUGGUCGACUUAGAAGCGCCAAAGUUCAAGUCACAGGCCACCAACUACGUGCUGAAAGAUCGGGAAAGUAUCAACAUUGAUCAGAGAAGAGCUAUUGACAAGGUCAUGAGCGCGCAAAAUUAUGCGCUCGUACUCGGCAUGCCUGGCACAGGAAAGACGACUACCAUAGCUCAUAUCAUCCAGGCAUUGGUAUCUCAGGGGAAGAGCGUUUUACUUACAUCCUACACGCAUACUGCCGUGGAUAACAUCCUUCUCAAACUUCGUGAUGACAAGAUCCCUAUUCUCCGCCUUGGAGCUGCGGCGAAAAUUAAUACGAAGGUUCAAGAAUUUGCUGAGCUGGCUGCAAAACCCAGAACGUCAUUUGAGGAAUUGGGCCGUCUGUGGCAUGAUACUCCCGUAGUUGCGACAACUUGCCUUGGAGUUAACCAUGCCAUCUUCAGCGAACGCACUUUCGACUACUGCAUCGUGGACGAGGCAUCGCAGAUCACCCUUCCGGUCUGCCUUGGCCCAAUCCGCAUGGCUCACACUUUCGUUCUCGUCGGCGACCACAACCAAUUACCUCCUCUCGUGCAAAACGAGGCAGCACGUACAGGCGGGCUAGAUGUUAGCCUUUUCAAGCUGCUUUCCGACGCCCAUCCUGCCGCCGUUGUGAACCUCGAGCACCAGUAUCGCAUGUGUGCGGAAGUAAUGGCCCUCUCCAACGAGCUCAUCUACUCCGGUCGACUCAAAUGCGGCACACCUGAGAUCGCGGCACGCAGUAUCAGCAUCCCCAAUAUGGCUAACCUCCAAACGCACCAUUUCUCCCCCUCGACGAUGUCGCGCGCGGGGAAGACCAUCUGCGCUGCUCCAGCGAAGGGUCAGUGUUGGAUCCGCGACCUGCUAGACCCAGCGACGAAGGCCUGCUUCGUUAAUACAGAUACCCUAGUUCCCCGGCCCCGUGAGGAGGCGAAGGGUAACCGCAUCGUCAAUCCGACAGAAGCCACGAUCUGCUCGCAGCUCGUGCAAGCGCUACUCAGCGUCGGAGUUCCAGGAAGCGAAAUAGGAGUCAUGACGCAUUAUCGAUCGCAACUCGCUCUGCUAAAACACAACCUACGUUCUCAUCAGGAGGUGGAGAUGCACACCUGCGAUCGCUUCCAGGGCCGCGACAAGGAGGUGGUGGUGAUAAGCUUAGUACGAAGCAAUGAGGCAGGUGGGAUUGGAGAGCUGCUACGUGACUGGCGGCGAAUCAACGUUGCGUUCACGCGUGCGAAAACGAAGCUACUAGUCGUAGGAAGCGGGUCGACGCUUAAGGGCGGGGAAGGGAGUGGCGAGGAGAUGGUGGGACAGUUUGUGAGGCUUAUGGAGAGGAAAGCUUGGGUAUAUGACCUCCCGGGGGGCGCAUUGGAUAGCCACUGUUUUGACGAUGCGGCGACGCAGGCGAGCGGCAGUGCCGCGGCAACGCCGGAAAAGGGGGUGUUGAAGCAACUUGAUUUGAAAGCGGCAAGGAAGCCGAAAUUUGACGGGCGUGGAAUUGGAAAUGAGAACCUUAAGGGGCCAAAGAAGGCGGUGAUUAAUGAGCGGGCGUUAUUUUCUGGGAAGCCGGUGUUGAGGGAUAUUAUGAAUGAGGCGCGUCAAUGAUAGCGGGUGGGGGGCACUGGGUAUCGUUGGAUAUGAUUAGAGAAAUUAGUUUGAAUACAGCAUGACAAUAUAUAACCUGAC